CAGACGCAGAUGGGCGUCACCACUUUCAUUCACUCUAUUUAAACAACCUGCAGCACAAGCGCCAACGGAAUCACUUCGUCUCGUCAGUGAAUAAGAACGAAACCGUGGAUUAAUACUGCACACUGACUAAGCAUUAAAGGCAAAAUGACAGAGUUGCAAUCUUCACCACCAAAUGAGAAGAUAAGCCUAAGUGCCAGUGAACUGACUGAAUUCUUCACCAUGUGGGAAGAAUUAAACUUCACAGAUGCCAGUGACAACAACUCGUGGUUGGAAACGCAAGUGUGCCCCACAUCCUUCAAUCGUUCAGCUCUCCUCCAUGCUAUGUGCACCCUCUAUUCCUUCAUUUUUGUUGUGGGCCUGGCCGCCAACGCGCUAGUUGUGUGGGUCAACUUGCGCUCGGAGCGUCAUUACCAUGACACACACUUGUAUAUAUUAAAUCUAGCAGUGGCUGACCUGUGUGUGGUUACUACCCUUCCGGUGUGGGUGAGCUCACUGGCACAGGGUGGUCACUGGCCGUUUGGCCAGGUGGCUUGUAAACUCACACAUCUGCUGUUUAGCGUCAACCUUUUCGCCAGCAUCUUCUUCCUGGCCUGCAUGAGUGUGGACCGGUAUGUUUCGGUGGCCCGCUCUGGCGAGAUUUCUCACAGACGUGGACGACAAAUACGACGUUUAGUGUGUGCAGUAACAUGGCUGCUUGCUUUAUUCGCCUCAAUACCUGAUACAUACUUCCUGCAGUCCGUAAAGUCACUACACAGUCAUGUGACUUUGUGUCAUCCUGUAUAUCCACAAGACAACCCUUUGCAGUGGAUGGUGGGCAUUCAAUUGAGUUUCGUGGUUCUUGGUUUUGUCAUACCCUUUCCUGUAAUAGCAGUGUCCUAUGCGCUGUUGGCAAACACUCUGGCUUCCUCUUCCUCUCAUUCCCCUUCAAAUGGCGACCAGGAUCGCAGCGUGAGCAGGAAGGUCAUCCUUACGUACAUUGUGGUUUUCAUAGCUUGCUGGGCACCAUAUCACGCUGUGCUGUUAGCCGACGCGCUAGCAAUGCUAGGUGUGGUCCCACUGGGCUGCAGUUUAGAGAACAGCCUUUUUGUGGCGCUACACCUUACGCAAUGCCUGUCACUGCUGCACUGCUGUGUGAACCCAGUGGUCUACAGCUUCGCUCACCGUCACUACCGCUAUGACCUCAUGAAAGCCUUCAUCUUCAAAUACUCCAAAAGUACGGGGCUGGCGAGACUCAUGGAGGGCUCUCAGGGCACCGAGAUGGAGUAUGCAAUGGUGGAAAACACCCCUACGGCUGUGAGCUAGGAUCCUCAAGACCAUCACCCUUAACCAAAGUUCUCCACUGCUUCAAAACGGGAAGUCCUCUGAUGUGUUUUCCUGAAAUUAUAGAUAAACAAAACUAAAUAUUUUCCAUCAAAAUUGCAGCAAGUGCUCUACAGUGACUCCAAAUAUCAUAAUUCAUUUGAAAUGUGCCAAAGACGGAUGGGAUUUAGCAAAAUUAGAACCACUUGGAGAUGUUUCCCUAAAAUGUUCUGCCAAAAUUGCAGCAAAUGCUCAGCAGUGACUCCAAAAGAUACUAAUCAACUCAUUACAAAUGUUCCAAAGACUGACAGUAUAUUUUAACAUCAGAACCAUGAACACUGAAGCAUUGAUUCCAAAUUAAUUAGCAGCCUAAAUUCGAUCAUUUUAAACCACUUUAGAGAAACAUGAUUUUAGGUGUGGUGUGUUACAUCUUAAUGCUGUAUUAUUUUUUAAAAAAUGGGAAUCUGCAAAGACCCACCCCCCUUCGUUAUUGUUGCUAUGUUCGACUAGCCAUGGCACUCUCACGCCACAGGUCAUGUUCUUGCACAGUGAAAAAUACAUUGUGGAGCAACGUUGUGGAACAGAGCAGAUUACUUUUGGUAUAAAACAGAGUCUCCCCUGUUGAAAAACGCUCAAUCGGUCACAAGACACACAAGAGCCAAUGGCAUUUUACAACCAAAGCUGUCGUAACGCUUCUUCUGGCGGCAGUUUUUCAAAUUUGUGUACAGGAUGAGCUUUAUGGUGGAUAGAGACAGUGAUCGCAUCUAUUGCUCUCAGAAAUCAAUAAUUUUGCCUCGGAAGACUUGGAAUAUUAAUCCUUUUUUUAAAUAAAUUGCGACUGUAGUUGUAUCUGCCUGUUAUAUCCUGUGUUUUACAUUGACAAAUGGUUAGGUUUAGGGGCAGGGGUUGGGUCAUGUGCUCAUAAAUUUGUACAUAGUGUAAUGUAAAAAAAAAAUAUAUAUAUUUGACUGUUAAUGGCAAAAUUAUUAUCCAAUAUGUAAUUUAAUCAUGACGAUAAAAUUCCCAUUGCAUUUCGUGUCAGCAUAUUGAUGCCAAAGGCUUCUUAUUUAAAGCAAUGGAGGUCCCCGCACGUUGGAAAAUGACGCUAAAGGGGCAC